GAGAGAGAGAGAAUGAGAGAGAGAGUGCAUGUGUGCAUUCGUGUGUGUAGAAGAUUUCACACCAGCUCAAGUCACCAACGUACUUGACACCCACCCCUCUCUCUUCUACCUUUUCCUUCCCCGCUCCUUUCAUACCCUCUGGACUGCCUUUCGACAUUCACUUCUGUCUUUCUGUAUACCUGAACCUCUUUCCCUUUUCCCUUCCCAGUCACCCCAUCUGCCUUCAUCUUUCAAGGCAGAGAAUUGGUGUUUUGUAGCAAUCUCUUCUUCCAAAAAAGUAAACCUCUUGGACUAACGGCGGAGCUGGGAAAAAUAGCUACUUGCACUCCUCAGAAUUUGACCUUCACAAAUUUUGCAUAGGGUGAAUUCGAAUUUGAGGUUCGCUUUCUCAUUCCACAACCUGUCCACAUAAAACAAUAGGAGAAAUGCUCCCAAGCCUGAGGAUAUAUUUCUUGUUGAUGUUAGUGAAUUGUACAGAGGCUUUGAGUCAUCGGAACAUUAGUCAAGAUCUGCCUCCAGAGGUACAAAUAACUGUGGAAGACAUCAUAGCUGGAAAGUAUCUAAAUGCUCUCCUUGAUAUACUUUAUUUUCAAAGCACUAACAUGUGGACAACUGAUCUGCUUAACAAAAUCAUGGCAAACGUUCAUGCUCAAAACAGCGUAAUUACUUCUAGCAGCCUACAGGUAUCUAUAAAAAAUUACCUGGAGAACCUCUUAUACCAUCCAAAGGUGCUACUAUUAGAGUUUCAACAGAUGAAUCAGCAGCAUUUUCAAACAGCAAUGAAAUAUCUCUUCGGCAGCAAACAGAACCACUUGGAGUUGGGAAAUAUUGUUAUUGAUAUGGCUGGGAUAAGAGAGAGAAUUUUCCAGAAUCCAGGAGGAAACAGGACAUUGUUCCUUAUUACUCUGGAGAAGUGCUUUCGGACACUGAACUCUGUAGAAUGUGUGGACAUAUUAAGCCAUGUCCUCCGGGUGUCUUCGAUGACUUAUCUCCAACUCCACACUGUAGCAAGGCUCCCAAAAGAUCUUCAGGAAGAUGCAUUUCGAAACUUAUCUACCAUAUUCAAAGAUCUAUAUGACAGAACAACAGCAAAUGCACAAAAGGCUGUGUAUGCCUGGAUGACACAGAUCCUACAAAAAUCCUACAAUACCAGUGAUUCAGAGAAUUCUACUUCAUGGGUCAGCGCAGACAGCCUGUGGAUUUUGGGAAGAUACAUGGUUCAUCUCCCACUAGAAGAAAUCAUGAAAAUUAACCCGAACGAAAUGAGAUUGUUCAUCAGUUAUGACAAUGCAACAAAGCAGCUUGAUACUGUAUAUGAUAUCACACCGGAUCUUUCACAGGCUUUCUUGGAAAGAAUAAAUGCAUCGGGAUUUGAUAUGAGAAACACAUCAACUCUCUAUAGGUUGGGGUUGCUGGUUUGUUUUUAUAAUGGCGUGGAACAGAUGGAUGCCAAUGUGGCCCGGGUACUACUUCAUCAAAUGAUUAAAUGUAACCAGCUGAGAGGUUUCCAGGCUGAUGUUCAGAAGCUCAAAUCCCAACUUCUUGACAUUGCCAUGCAAAACCAGACAUUGAACGACACCCUUGGGUCACUCUCAGAUGCAGUUGUAGGACUGACUAUCAACCAGUUGGAGUCUCUCUCACCUGAGGCCGUGCACAAUGCAAUUCCAACGUUAAACCAAGUCUCUGGAUGGGCCAAAAGCCAAAUGAUGAUUUUGUCCAGCAAAUAUUUGAUGUAUGAAAAGGCUUUAUCAUUUCAUAAUAUUAGUCAAAUGGGUGCCUUGGUGACUGGGAUUAGCACUCAGUCAUUCCACAACAUGAACCCCAAAGAGCUCUUGCAGGUUGUCAGAGGUGCAGUAGCUCAACGUGCAUCGGAUUUGUCACCAGCACAGCACCAAGGGAUUCUCCGGAAGAUGAUUGCCUCCACAGAGCUGAUGUCAGUGAUUGCCGAUAUGCAAGGAGCCUUCUUUAAAGAGCUGCCACUUUUUACUUUGUGGAAGGGGGAAGGGUUCAACUCUUCACUGGUGAAAGACAAAGAAUUAAGGCCAAGUCAGGCCUUGUUUCUGUAUGAAUUGUUGUCAAAGAAGACUCCUCCUCCUGACCUCUUAAGCAUCAGCCAGCUGGUGAAAGGAGUAACAUGCUGGCAGAUUGAGAGUAUGACCACCAUCUCUUUUUUAAACAUUUUCAAAGUUUUUGAAAAGAAUCUUCACUUGCUGUCACCAUAUCAGAUCAAUUGUUUGGCUUGGAAAUUUUGGAUAAUCUCCAAUGCAUCUGUACCUCCCUACCUCUUAUUGGUGCUGCCUGCUGAGUAUCUGGAAUCCAUUACAGGAUCUCUCUGUGUCUCUUUUGUGACCAGCCUAGGGAAGGUCGAACUGGAUCAUCUUAUUUUGAAUGUGCAGAAGAAAAAAGCAAUUCUGCAAAAAGUACAAGACUGCCUGAAUGGCUUGGUUGUCGACGAAUAUGACAUUGACUUGCUUGGAAAUCUCAUUUGCCAUCUACCCCCAGCAUUAAUUUGCAAGGGAAUAACACUGGAAACAUUGGCCACAGCCCUUCACCAAUUCAGGCUAUGCCGUCAUCUCAGCUAUGAUCAGAAGAUGGAAAUUAAGCACAGACUUACCGAAUUGCAUGGUUCCCCAAGAAACUGGACAGCUGAAACAACGCAGGAUGCUGGACCUUUCAUAGCCCUUUUGCCAAAAGCUGAAUUAAACAUCCUUGUUGAAAAGUUUCCUGAUAUCAUCUCAGAAAUAGCAUCAAAGAUGACUGGGCCAGUUCCACCAACUGAGGAGCUGCUGAUGGCUAGAUUUGAAUCUGUUCACAACUCUAGCAUCCCAAUUACAGCACCUGAUUUAACUCCUGAUUGUGCCAAAGUCGUAGCCCCUUCCUCAGAUGAGAUUAUAAAAUUAUCAGAAGCCAACAUGUUUUGGUCAGUUCACGAAUUGGUCUGCAUGGAUGCCAGCACCUUCGCCAAGACUGUGGAACUCCUCGGCUCCGUGGGCAGUUUCAACACAUCUCAGCUGGCUGUACUGAAAGAGAAAGCUAAGGAGGUUUGGGGCCCACUGACGAGCUGGAAGAGUUACCACAUUGUUUCCCUUGGGCGCAUUGUGACAGUGCUAAAUGAGACUGAAAUUGGAGUGCUGGAUUUGAGUUCUAUUGAUACUGUUGCUGCCCUUAGCCAGCAAACAGAAUGGAAUCCUAUACAGGCCAAGACCAUUUUACAGGGCUUUCUGGAAGACUCAGGUCAAACAAUGGACACCCUAAAAAGUUUUGAUUUGGCAGGGCUAGGUGCUAAUCUUUGUACUCUGAACUCCACGGAGAUUGAGUCUAUAAAUGCAGUUGAAUUCAGUGCUGUUGUUGCAAGAAUUGGUUCUUUGCCAUGUAGCCCCAGCGUUCUGAAAGAAUUUAAGAAGAAGGCAGAGUCUGUUUUUGGAACUGCUACAGGGUGGGAUAGAUCUAUAUUGCAGGAAAUUGGUACCAUUGCAGCUGGUUUAAAUGGGGAAGAAUUAAAAGCUCUUGAUAAAGAAUUGAUGCCCUAUUUCCACCCAACAGCAAUAAAAAGUAUCCAUGAUGAAAUCUUCAAAGAGCUGUCCUCAGAUCAAAUAGCAAACCUCGGCCCUGAAAACGCAGCCAUGGUGACAGAGUUGCAGCGUCAACACCUAAAUGGACUGCAGCUUCAGAGUCUUCAGAUGGCACUAGAUGGAGCCAGAACAAGCAUCCAAGAAGCUCCGCUCAGUGAGAGUACAAUAAGACCAACAUACACAUCAGUUCUGAACAGGAUGAUCUCUCAAGGGGGCACAGAUGCCGCUACCAGUAUUCUCCUCUGGCUUUCAGUGGAGCAAAAACAGCUGUCAGCUGACAAUGGAACUUCAUUAUCUCUCCUUCAGCAAGGCACUGAAGAAGCUCCUGUUCCCAGCUGA